AUGGACCCACUCCCGGUCCUGUCCCUGUUCCUGGACCUGGACCGCGAGGUCGGUCGUCCCCGCGCUCCCGGCCUAGACCUGGAUCUGGAUCUGUCCCUGGACCUCGAGAUCGGUCGUCCCCGCGCUCCCGGCCUGGACAUGGAUCUGGAUCUGGACCUGGAUGGGUGUGUGCCAUCGAAUAAGGCAUCGUCGUCGUCAACAUCUGCGAUCUACGCCUUUCAUUCGCGCAGCCGGCGUCCAGCAGCAGUCGACGAGCGUCGCCUUCGCAUUCAGACGUCCUCCUCCGGUGUCUUUGUCCUGCGACAGUACCCCAUGGUUUCUCUGUGCCUGGUCACAAUCGCCGUCACUCUCUCUUACUGUGUGGUUCAGUGGCUUUCUAUACCACGGGUCGACGAUGACCUGGCAACGGAGGUGAUCCUCGGAGUGAAACACGACGACGGCUCAGAGCUGCCGCCCAUCUUCGGACACCGGGGCGGCGGCCUCGACGCGCCCGAAAACACCUUGGCCGCGUUCCGCGAGGCCAAGAACAACCACGCCUCCGGAAUCAAGUUCGAGCUGUCCUUCACGUGGGACAACGUCGCCGUCAUCUUCCACGACGAGACCCUCGAGCGGACCACCGACGGCAGGGGCCCGGUGGCGGACGUCCGAUUCGACGAGCUCCGCCGACUGGACGCCGCGUCCAAACACCCGUUCGCGCAGCGCUUCAAGGGCGAGCGCGUGCCCACGCUCGAAGAAGGCGUCGAAGAGUGCCUCCGCCUCGGCAUGCGGCUCAUCAUAGAGGUCAAGGAGCACGACUGCCGCGCCGUCGAAGUGCUCGACCAGCUGUUCCGCGAGAGACCCGUGCUGUACGGCCGGGCGCUGGUCGCAUCCUCGUACCCUAACUUCGUGUACGCACUGAGGCGCAAUAAUCCGGACAUCGUGACGGCGCUGACUUGGAGGCCCGGCAUUCUGACCUACGAGGACGCGAACAACACGCUGCCUCGCUUUGAGUCACGCGCCGUUCACCUGAUUGCCACGGCCGCCGACUGGCUCCUCGAGAAGGCCCUGCACGUCGGCCUGCUGACUCACGUGACCGGCGUGUCCGCCGUCCUGAUUAGCGCGAACGUACUGAGCGUCAACUACGUGCACGCCUGGCGCAACCGGGGUGUGCACGUGAUCGCCUGGACUCCCAACCAUCCGGCCGAGAAGCAAUUCCUUCGUAGUUCGAUCCGGGUCCCCAUAAUCACCGAUACCGUGAGCCAAGACUAAAUACCAAGCUCGCUGGCCUUGCUUUUGUGCCUGAACCCCAGGCACAAAGGCGCCCUUUUCGAAAAGUGCUAGGCUUCGACACGCGCAGAUGUACAGCUUUGUGUCGUUCACAGGGCUUCGUUCGCAACCGCAAGAAUGCUGCGCCCGUACCAUGAAUGAUAAACAAAAUUGAAUCUUGUGAAAAA